AUUUUUUAUUCAAUGACCACAACAACAUAUUUCCUCUUUGAAUCUUUAGUGUUGCACAACACUGUUUUGAUGGCUUUGACAAACUGCACUCCCACUGGGACACAUCACACCGUAUGAUUUACAGAUGAAUAGCCUGGAGUAAACAUUUAUUGUGCAACUUUUACACUGUAAUGAGCACCAAGCCUACUUGAUGAGUCAGAGUCUCUGGGUAAAUGGGGAGAUAAAAGAUAGCGGAGAGUUCUUUGUAAAGUCAGAAACAAGUUUUCUCGGUUCCUGAUAAUGUUUUUGCCCUGUACUGAGCAACAAGGAUAAAGGCCCUCAUUCUCCCCAGGACAAGAGAAAAAAAAUCGGCAGCAGUGUCGGCUUUCACCGUUCUCACUUGUGAUGGUAUCAAGUGUACUUUGUACAAGCUCGUGUUUGGUUAAAACUAGCCUUGCGCAGAAUGGGUGGGGUAAUGUGUUUGAACAGACAAGGUGAAAUCUCCUGUUGUGAUACGUGCUCAGGCAAAGAACAGGCUCGAAUGGAAUCUUUUACCUCUAACACUGGAGAGACCACACGCUGAACUGAAGGAUUACCCACUCUUUUGGAAAAUAACUGAUUCAAAUCCUCAUUUCAGCGACAAUGGAGGUAACCAGCGACACCACAAAGAUCCUCGAGAAGGGUCCUGAAUACCUUCGAAAGCAAAUGGAACUGGAGAGUGAGACGAAAGGACGCAUGAGUGCCGUGGAGAGGCUCGCUGCGAGCAAAGUGAAAUAUGUCAAAAGCCAACAGGUGGCCAACUCAACCCAGGAGCCAGUGAUCAGCCUCGGGUCGGCUUCUGUGAGCAGCACUGGGUCUUCUAACCGGAGCUCGAACCGUAGCAGGAAUCUUAUCACAGGGAUUAACUCAACAGUUGCUACAUGUGCACAAGGCUGCUCUCCAGGGCAGGUACGUCGGUCCAGCUCCAAAAAGCGACCGGACUCCCUGAUGCUGUACAGGCAGAAAUGUGAGUUACUGAGGGGGUCAAUGAAUGACCGGAAACACCAUAUAAUGCGUAAGCUGCUGAUGAAAAAUGCUCCGGUACCUGAGGCGGCAGAUAAGGAGUGUGAAGCUGAGGGCAACAAGGAAAAAAUCACCACACCUGAGGGCAUGGCAAAGGAAUGCAGCUCACACGCAGCCCCCUCUGAACCAGACAGGAGGGGGAAUGGAGUGGCAGAACAACACAGCACAGCAGGCAGUGCUUCUGGGACAAAGGUGACAGCUGGUGUUGUGAAGAAAUCUGCGGGUCUCCUGGCGGUGCCUGACGUUGAAAGGAGGACUGGCACAGGGGUCAGUCGCUCUCACUCCGACAUCAGCUCCAGGUACUCGAAAAACUUUGCGGACUUUGAUGCUUUUUUCAACUACUGUGGCCUGGAGGGUGAUGUUAUCACGUCCUUGGGGAGAGAGAACUUCUCGGCUCGCUCAGAUGAAAUCACAAUAAACCUCCGGAGUGUCAGCGUCUCUACGUCGGACGACUGCUUCUCAAGGAGCAGCGGCGACAGUGAUGGACUCCUGGAGAAUGAGUUACAUGGAAAGAUAAAUCAAGGGACAUCAGUUAUUGAGCGCAAUGCGAGGAUUAUCAAAUGGCUGUACAGCUGCAAAAAUGCAAAAGAGACUGGGAAAAGAUUAAGAGACCUUGAUUGAGAUUACUCUUUUUUUUUUUUUUUUUUUUUUAUCUCUACAGAGGCCUUACUGAAGACUGUCGUUACAAUGAUACGUCAUCUAUUUGUCACACUCUGUGUUAUGCAUCCAACUACAUAUUAUUUUCAUUAUCCAUUAAUUUGUUAGUUAUGUUCUUGGAUAAUCAGUCAGUUGUUUGAUCCGUAAAAUGUCCCAAAAAUUGUCCAAAAUGUGGAUCAGACUUUCCCAAAGCCAAGGAUAACGUCCUUAAAUGUUUUGUUUUGUCCAUAACUCAAAGACAUUCAGUUUACUGUAUUUCAAGCGUGAAGGAACCAGGAUAUAAUCGAAUUUGAGAAAAAGCUCAAUAAAAGUAUGUUUGUCAGUUUUCCCUUGCACACUACAUGCGUGUGCUAAAUUUCAGCAGACUUUUCCAAGAGAACGAGGCGUGCUUGUUUCCGUUCAAACUUGCAUAAAACUAGAUGUUAUUUGUCAGGCUGGGAGGCACAGAAAGCCCUGAAUCCCACACAAAAAUACAGAACUGUUAUUUUCCUCAUAUUUUCACAUUGAAAAUGGAUGGUAACUUCCAGUUUUAUGUUACCAAACUGUACCAUCCAUAUAGAUUGAUCACACAGCUGUGAUUUAGAGUACAAUCCUGUGUCAAGGGUCAAAACUAUGUGCAUGUGCACCUGAAGACUCACAAAUCCAGGUAAGUGCAUAAAUUUUAGCAAAGGAGCUACCAACCCUUAUUAAAGAGUUCAAAUUGUAAGUUGUAACUGAUAGAUUAAUCUUUCAAUCGUGGUUUCAAAGUCAGUUAAAUGCUGCUAAAAGCUUUCCCCUGCUGCUGUUUCUCCUCUCCUUUUGUUAAUAAUGUGGUCACAAAUGUUAACGCAUUAAGCAAACACUGUUAACUAGAAUGCAUAUAUCCACUGAGGCCCAACAGUUCCCUUUCGUACGCACUCACCUUAUGAGUUAACACAAAAUUCCCGGAUCCAUCCCCGUCUUCGGAUCCAUAACGCAGCCUAUUCAGGUCCAAGGGCCUUCCUCCAUCCACAUUUCGUGGAAAUCCAUUGGUAGUGUUUGUGUAAUCCUGACAAAUAAAAAAUAAUAUAAUAAAAAAAACAAACAAACAAACUAAAAGGACACAGGUGGAGGUCAUACAUUGAUUCUGGUCCAGUUCCUCUGUACUGUAAACAGUCAUUAGUGAAGAGUUUUGUCACAAUCUGGCAACUCAAACACUGUUCUUGCUAAUGGCUUAUAAAAUAUUACUGAAUUAUGUAUUAUUUUGUCAGUUACAACAUAUACAGAACUUAUGAAUGUUACUGUGAUUAUAAACGCUUGUAGCUCAUGUAACGGCAGAUAAAAUGUGUUAUAUUAUGUUCAUAAAGCAUAACCUCAGCAGGGCCUUUAGACCACGACAAGCAUGAAAGUGCCCAUAAAUGAUAAUUUAUGCGCCUGCUUCUUAAGUAUAUAAUCCAGAUGUGUCUAGUUUACCGCUCAAUUUCUCUCCAGCGCAGACUCACACACAAUGAUACAGCGGCUCAGAUAAAAAUGUCAAGGAGAGAGAUAUCUGCGCCUUAAAAUUUUAUUGCCGUUAAACGUUUCCCAUGGAGAGAACGGAUCAAAUCAUUCAAUUUAACUAUAGAGAGACAUAAAACAAAAAGUAAAAUAUUUGGGACGUGUUUUGUUUCCAACCAAAGAGUUAGUUGGUCACUGAGUCCUGUGUGAGAGGAAUGUUCCUAAUAAUCUGAAAGGCUUAAGUUCAGUGACCCGUUGUAACUGUAUCUCCACGUCCCACCCAAAUCCCUGCCUGCGUUGUCCACUUUCUCCCUCUGUCUGUCCUUAAGCCAACUUUCUGUGCUGAUCAAAGCUCUGAGGCUGUAACACAAGUGUGGGAUAACAUUUUUUUUUUUUUUUAAUAAAUAAAUAAAAGGAAGGGACAUA